ACGCUAUUCACCCCCCCUCUAGCGUUGGUCUAUUAUUCUAACAAUUGGUAUUGGAGCCUAACUCACGUCCAAACUUAACCGUUUGAGAGUAAAGCGAUCAUGGGCUCUUCUUCUAGAAAUAUCUAUGCAGGAAUUGGAGAAGGUCAAUCAACCUCUAGGCCACCACUCUUUGAUGGCACCAACUACUCUUAUUGGAAGGAACGGAUGAGAAUCUAUAUUCGUUCCACAAACUUCCAAUUGUGGUUGGUGAUCAAAAAUGGCGAAGAAAUCCCUAUGAAGAAAGUGGGAGAAACCACGGUCCCAAAGACCGAAAACGAAUUUGAUGCCGAGGACAUCAAGAAGAUCGAAAACUAUGCAAAGGCCAUCAAUAUGCUAUAUUGCGCGGUAAACCCCGAUGACUACCGAAAGAUCUCCUGUUGCACCACCGCCAAGGAGAUGUGGGACAAGCUUGAAGUGACGUACGAAGGUACCGAUCAAGUUCGCAAAGCCAAGAUCGACUUUCUCACCCAAGACUACGAAAUGUUCCGGAUGAAAGAAGGUGAGAAAAUUGAUGACAUGUUCGACCGGUUCUCAAAGAUCAUCAACGAUCUUCAUGCUCUCAAAAAGACCUACACCAACAAGGAUCUUGUGAGGAAAAUCCUGCGGAGUCUCACACCCGAAUGGAGGUCAAAAGCCAAUGCAAUCUACGAAUCCAUCGGAGUCUCCAACGUCACCAUCGACGGGCUAAGAGGUAAUCUUAAAACCUAUGAAUCUACUAUUCUAACCCCGUCUUUGGAUGAACAAAAGAAAAAGGGGAUAGCUCUCAAAGCCACCAAGGAACCGGUGGAAGAGGCUUCAAGCGAUGACGACAAUGAAUUCGGGCUCGUCAUCAAAAAGUUCCACAAGUUCAUGAAGAAGGAAUUUGAGCGAAAGGGAAGGAAGCACGACGGUCCUCCCAAAUGCUACGGCUGUGGCGAGAUUGGCCACAUCAAGCCAAGGUGUCCAAAGGCCAAACACGGCAAGGACAAGCCUGGCUUCAAGAAGCAAAGGGCCUACAUCUCUUGGGGUGGCGAUUCCGGCGACGAAUCAACCGACCAAGAGGAGGACGAAGCUGCAAAUCUCUGCCUCAUGGCACACGAAGAUCAAAGCGACGACGUCCAAGAG